AUGGGGCGAGUGGGAAAGCGAGGUGAAGAAGAGAGGAGAAAGGAUAAGGCGUUCCGCGAGUUGUCAGAAGUCGGAGCAAUAUACGGCCGGGAAAUCCCCGCCAUCCUCCGCUGCGGUAAAACUCUAACGCCGCCGCGAGAAUCCAAAUCGUGGCCUCCUUCCCAUAGCUUUCUUAUACGUUUCAUUCAAUCCAGGGAGAAGGCUUCCAUGGCUGGGUUCGAAUCGUCAGCGUUAUGUAUCAAUGACGUUCUGUCACACCAUUUACUGGUAGAAGUUCUGGUUCGCAUUCCUUUGAAAGAUGUGUUUCGCUGUAUGUCUGUUUGCAAGUUCUGGUUCUCUUCCAUUCGGGAUGAUCCAUAUUUCAAAAGACGCUUCAUUCUCAAGAGGGUUACGGAGCAGGCCUCUUCCAGUGCGGAGGAUCAUCAGCUGGUUUACGCACAGUGCAGCAUCAGGGAAAUGCUUCUGGUAACUCCCACCUGCAGCAUCGUUAAUGGUUCUGACUUAUCUUUGAAUUUGCUGCCGUUCAUUGCUGGCCAGGAUUAUUACAGUAGUACCUUAGACCGUGUGGUUUUGGGAUCUUCCAAUGGCUUGCUCUUGUGCUCCCCUUAUAAGACCAUGCCUGCCACAUACUACAUUUGCAACCCGCUCACUAAGGAGUGGCUUACCCUUCCACCAUCUCCUCAUAAGGACAGUCCUGAUGUUUAUGUUGGUUUUAUCUGUGAUCCAUUCUACCUCGUGCAAGGUGAUGAUAGCUUGAUCACUUUGAAUGAUGGAUUUGGUUUCAAGGUUGUACGUUGGCGUUACUCUAGUAGUGAUGAGGAUGAGGAAGAAGAUCUCUUUGGGAUGGAUGUGGAAGUAUUCUCAUCUGACGUGGGACUUUGGACUACAUCUAGGGCCCGAUGUGUGAAAGGUGUUACCUCUACGGCUCUACCAGCCCCGGGAACGGGGAUUUCAUACGAUGGAAGGCUCUAUUGGCUGCUUGGAAGAUGUGAGACUUUGAUCUAUGAUCCCAACAAGAAUGAGUUUUUACUCCACCACAUUACUCCUCCUUCGGAUGUAUUGUGCAUGAUUCCUUUGGUGCUUUCGCUUAUGGUGCCUUUUCAAGGGCUUAGCCAGUGUCAAGGUUCAUUUUGGGCAGGACAAGCUUGGCGUGCGGAACUGAGAGUAUACACACUGGCAGAUGGUGAAUGGCAUCUCAAGCAUAAUGUCAAUAUCCUUGAUUGGUUGCCUUCCAGUGCAAAUUCGGUCAAGAACACGAUGAAGAUUCUUCCGAACGCUGUUCAAUUCCGGACUAUGCAUCCAUAUGAUCCCAUGAUAGCCUAUUUGACUGUGGAAAUGACGUUACUGGAGUGUGACUUUGGGGGCAGGACACUGAAAGUGGUAGCCGAGAAUUUGGGCAAGAACAAGGAGGGCAGGGGUCUGAUGUGGUCCAACGUGCUGACAUUGUCUCUUCCACUUUGGCCGACCCCUCUUCCUACUCUUCCUGCUGCUUAAGCAGUUAAUUUUAUUUCCUUAGUCUACCCGGUUGUAGUUGAUGAUGAAGUGAAUGACCUUGUCCAUUGCAUGUUGAUAUGCAGUGCAUAUGGCAGUAGUUAGUUAGGUGGUCCAUUCUGAAUUUCGUUUGAACAUACAUGAAAUGUUGAAAACCAUGGCAGUUGAGCUCUGAAAGGAAUGGUUUUCUCUUUGGUG